AUGCUCUCGGCUCGCUCUCUUCUCGUCCGAAGGGAGUUCGCCCGGCCAUCCAUGAGUGGAGUCCGGGCCAGCACUAGUGCGAGGGAGGCGCAGAAGUCACCAGGGCCAGCCUCCAAUGUUACCGUAGUACCAAGUAAAACAGAGCUGGUUGAAUUCAGCAGCACUGUGAGUCUCGUCUGCUCUGCGUCUGGCUCCUCACCUUCAUUUAUUUGGCUGAAUGGCAGCCCUGAGGUAACAGCAGGGGACCGAGUUCAGCUAACAGACAACAACAGCAGUCUGACCGUUACUAGUGUGAUCAGAGGUGACACAGGCCUAUACCAAUGUGAAGCAUCCAGCAUCUUCAGCAAAGAAAUUAGUCCUCCAUUGAUCCUCACCAUUUACUAUGGUCCAGAAAAUGUUGCUGUUGAAGUAGAUCCAGUGGAACCCUUUUACAGCUCUGGGUCAAACCUCAUACUGACCUGCUCAGCUGAGUCCAACCCUGCUGCUGUGUUUCAGUGGGCUGUGAAUGGAACAGAGCUUGGUGAAAUAGGCCAAGAGCUCUGAUUGAGCAACAUUCAGAUCAGUCAAAGUGGCAAUUACACCUGAAUCGCCCAUAACAAGCAGACCUUGAGACACUCCAUGUCUGAAUCCAUCAGCAUCACUGUACUAGGUGGGUUAUAGUUUAGUUGUUGAAUUCUUGUGCAACAAAAAAUAACUAGUGUAGGGAUUUUAGCAACCGGUGGGCGGAGCACAGACACACAGAAGGCUGUUUCAAUGUUAUGGGAGAUUUAUUUAAGACAAUCGGUGAGCGGGGGUGCGUGUGUGUGUGGGUUGAAGGGCGAUCGGGCGGUGAGGGUCUCAGCCGU